UAAUACUUUCCUUUUUUUACAAAAGAAAACCCAUCUUCACAUGACCAAAAUCAUCUCUUUGGUAAGUGCAAAGAAUCUCUCUCUCUUUCUUCCCCUGCAAGUUCAGUAAAAGUGACAGAACAGCCCACUUCACAAACACCAAACAACAAUACCCAUCUUCUCUUUUUCCCUGUCUCUCUCUCUAUCUCCAUGGAAUUCAAGUUUACAGCUCUCUCUCUCUUCUGCAAUUUGCUUCUCCUUCAAGCUUUUUCUGCAACUUCAACCAUAGACCAAGACAGGGCAGAUUGCUCCGACCAACUCAUCGGCCUCGCCCCUUGCCUGCCUUAUGUCAGCGGCGAUGCAGAAACGCCUACCAUCGACUGCUGCAAUGGACUGAAGCAGGUGGUGCAGAAGAGCAAGAAGUGCCUCUGUGUCCUCAUCAAGGACAAGGAUGACCCAAAUCUUGGCCUCAAAAUCAAUGGCACCCUCGCUUUGGGCCUCCCCGCUGCCUGUCAUGCCCCUGCCAACAUCACUGAGUGCAUCUCUCUGUUGCACUUGCCUCCAAACUCUACAGAAGCAAAKAUUUUCAAAGAGUCUAAUCAUACCAGCGGACCAAGCAGUGCCCCAGGUGCAAAAGUUCCUGGGAAUUCGUCCAGUGCCAAUGACAAAAGUGACGGUGGAAUUGGGAGGAAAUCGAUCGGAGGAAUAGGGAUGGUUUUGGAGAUUCUGCUUGGGUUCUUCAUUUUAUUGCAUCUAAAUCUGAUGUUUAUCCACCCAAAUCCCUAAUUUCUUCUCUCUCUUUCUAAAUUCCUAUUUAUGUUCUGCCAUUCUUCCAGCAUUAUUCGAACAGUUUAAGCCGAAUUUGAAGCUAUUUAUUUUCUUACCAGUUGAGCAGAGCUUCAACAAUAGUGAAAAUUUGAUAUCAAUCA